AUGUCCGCGACAAUCGUAGACUCACCCAUCCCAGUCUGCGUCGUCGGAUUUGGCAAUUCGGCGCGCACAUUUCACCUCCCCUUCGUCCUUGCCCUACCCCAGCUCUUCACCCUUCACUCGAUUCAACAGCGACCUCGCAAUGCCUCUAACUCUUCUUCACCCGACGCAUCCAAACUUUUUCCUGACGUCGCCAUUCUUCCGGAUUUCGACUCGGUCCUCACCAACCUCCCCAAGAACGGUCUCAUCAUCGUCACCACUACCAACGAUACUCACUUCCCUUUCGCCAAACGCGCUCUAGAGUCCGGCUUCAACGUUCUUGUCGAAAAGCCCGUCGCCACCAACGAGACUGAUGUCCAAACGCUCGUCGACUUGCAGCGCAAGACAGGCAAGCUUUGUGCUGUUUACCAGAACCGACGAUUUGAUGGUGACUUUUUGACCAUUCAAAGCCUCCUCACCGAUAAGGGCGCCGAGCCAUCCGCUUUGGGAGUACCUACGUUCUUCGAAUCACGUUUCGACCGCUUCCGCCCUUACGCAAAGGGUGGGUGGAGAGAGCAAGUGGAUCCAGAUUCGCAGGGCGGUGGAAUGCUGUGGGACUUGGGAUCGCAUCUCAUCGAUCAAGCUUUGUUUCUCUUUGGUCCGCCGGAGAGCGUUACCGGAUUUGUGCGCAACCAACGCAACCAGGGACCGACCGCGGUGGACGAUGAUUGGUUGGCUAUUCUCAAUUAUCCCGAGGCUGCACCGCUCCCCCCGUCUUCGCCUGCAUCAGGAUCGAAAAUCGGUGGGCUGAGAGUGAGCCUUGGUGCCACAUGUCUCAGUUCUCACAUCGACGCUGAACAGCCACGAUUCCGAGUCGAAGGCACGAGAGGAAGCUACGAGAAGCGCGGCACCGAUCCUCAGGAGAACCAACUCAAGCUUGGAUGGACACCUUCCAGCCACCCUGAGGAGUUUGGUGUUUACAGUGAAACUGAUUCCGAGAGCCUUCGAUUCGGCAGGUUGACAACAAUGGUUAGAUCGGACGAGGAUCUGUCGCUUCCCACACCCGGUGCAGCAGCUGCGGCGCCCAAGCAGCCGCAGUUGUCAGUGGCCAAUAUUCCAACUCUGCCAGGAAGGUAUAUUGAUUUGUUUGCAAAUGUUGCGGCUUGCAUUCAUGCAGUGCAGAGGGCAGAGGCCGAAGGCAAGGACGCAGCCGAAGCGCUGAGCAAGGUUUCGCUGAUUGGGGUGGAGAGGACGCUCAAUGCUGUCAAGCUUAUCAAGUUGAUUCGGGAGAGCAGUAAGCAAGGAAAGACUUUGCAGUGGGCAUGA